AUGAAGAUCCUGCCCAAGCUUUUGUUUGCGGCACUGCUGUUCUUGGGUGCGGUCCAUGGACUGGUCACUGAACCCGUUGGAGAGCUGGACAAUGCCGAGCCCACGGGACAUAACGAAACCGCCUUCGGAGGAUGCACACGCUGGUAUAUGACACCAGGAACCCACCCGCUCGACAUGGACUUCAUAGCAGAAUGCCAGACGGAAGAUGGUUCAUAUCUGAAGUCACGGCAGUACCUCGGACAGUGCAUCGCCAACGUCGGUGGUUUUCUGAUCAUGCAAGACAAUGGAUGGUUUGGUAGUACAUGCGGCGAUUGCUGGCUCGGUCCCGAUCCCCAAGGGGAAUUGGGUAUGUUUACAUGGCUUCACUGCAACUGCUACGAUGGCGAGAGGUGGGGAGACACCUACAUAAAUCUUGAUGCUGUUAUCACCAAUUUUCAUGGUUUGCUCAGUUGCCUCGGUCACGUUGCGGUGCUGGCCUGA